CGAGGUGACCAGGUGUCAGGUUUCAGUUUUGUUGACUGGUGACAGACUGCAUGCGGAAGGACAUAAAAAGCGCAGUUCCAUUAGAAACGUUUGAAUUUAAAGAAGUUAACAACGUAAGGCAGGGUGCAGUAAUGGCACAGAAGUAUGAUGGCUUGUCCCACUGUAAGCUGGCUCUGGUGUUUGCUGUGCUAAUGGACCUGCUGGGUGUGUUAUCCCUGCUGCUGGGGGUCUUUGCCCCACUAGAGAUCCAAGGCCAAGACUUUGGGGAUCUGCUGGUGUACACAGGAGCUUUGCUGGUACUGUUUUCCCUAGCUGGCUGGGUCAUGUGGUACAGUGGCAACAUUGAGGGUCUGCCCUCAAAAACAGAGCUCGGUGGAGUUGUGGGUGGCGCUGUGGACAAACUUGCCCGAAGCCUGAGUCGCAGGAUACGGCUGACCAGGACUCAUAGCAGCCCAUCAUAGGAAGAGGAGCCCCAAGACACCAAAGACUGAGUGACUUGGGUUGUCUUUAUUUAAGGAGAAGCCAAACUGCCUGAGGCAAAUGAGUGUCAAUACCAUUUGCUGUUCUCUUUACAAGAGAUCAUGUGAAUGAGGUGAUGUUAAUAACACCACCUCAUUCACAUGAAAAAGACCUGU